AUGGUGCUGCAAGUUGCAGUCUGCAAUGGAGCAGAUAUGGGAAUCAAUCGAAGCUCGCUAAAGGUUAAGCGCGAAGGUGCCGGAGUCAACCGCGGCUGCUUCGUGGGAGAAAGAAGUGUGUCAGAGAAGACUAGCAAGUCGACAAAAGGGAACGGUAAGAACUGGAAGUACUACAAACAGCUAGUGAAAAUCGCUGCGCUAAAGAACGGCGGUAUGUACGGACGUCAAGCUGCUACUCCAAGCGUUGCUACCCGCGGCGGCCACAUGGAAGUACAUGUCUAG